AUGGAUGAUGCUCAGCAAAACUGGAUGGUAAAAUCCUUUAACUUUGCUGAAGAGGCUUUAGAAGCUGGUGAGGUUCCGGUGGGGUGUAUAAUGGUGUAUAAUGAUGAAAUCAUAGCCGUAGGAAGAAAUGAAGUGAAUGAAACAAAAAAUGCUACUCGUCAUGCUGAAAUAGUAGCCAUUGACCAAGUGUUGAAGUGGAGCAAAGCUCAUGAGAUACACUCUGCAGAUGUAUUUCAUAAGACUGUUUUGUAUGUUACUGUAGAACCAUGCAUUAUGUGUGCAGGUGCCCUGAGACAAGUGGGGAUUCCCCUGGUUAUAUUUGGAUGUUAUAAUGACAGGUUCGGUGGCUGUGGAUCUAUUCUGUCUGUGCACGAUGCCAACAUCACCAGUCUAGGUCCUUCUUUUCAGUCCGUGGGUGGCAUAAUGAAAGACAGAGCUGUUGAGUUGCUAAAGAAGUUUUAUCAAGGAGAGAAUCCCAAUGCUCCUGAGGAAAAAAGAAAGUCAAAGAAAGAGGAAUCCAACUAA